CUGAAAUGUUGUGAUCUUGCACAUUUCGCUGGUGUAAGGAAAUGAUUUAAAGAGCUUUUACACGGAGUUAACCGGCCAUUUUCGCAACCUAUACAUGCUGCGACACAUUUGCAUACCACAAUAUCUAUGCAUCUCUGUUGACAUUUCAAGAUGGAAGUUAAUUAUGUUCCGCAAUAACUUUAAAAAUUCGACUUUUGUAAACAAUUCAAAACGGAGUUAAGGGCGCCAUAUACAAUCUCUAUAGAAUAACCCAGUCGAUAGACCUAAUGUAUAUAUCUUAACAUAAAAGAAUAGUAGAACCACAGAAUACAGACGCAAUAUAAAAAUGUGAGUAAUUCCUCCUUUUAACAUAAUAGUGAAAGAUUGGAGAGUAAGAUUAAUUAAUUAAUUAAUUAAUAUGGCUGCAAACCAUUUAGUAUUGGUUACCGGUGGUACUGGUUUUGUUGCUACAUUUACAAUAUUCCAAUUAUUACAAAGAGGGUAUAGUGUACGUACCACUGUUAGAAAUUUAGAUAGAUCUAAAGAAUUGAAUAAAGAUUUGGUCGCCUUGAAUAAAUACGAUCAUGUUAAGGGGAAAGAAGAUACUGGGAAAACUUUCCAAUUGGUGACUCCAGAAUUAUUGGAAUCAAAUUUAGUUUACUAUUCUGCAGAUUUAAGUAAAGACAGUGGAUGGGAUGAAGCAAUUAAUGGUGUUGAUUUCAUUUUACAUAUUGCUUCUCCUAUUGGUGAACAUGAUUCAACAGAAGAUGAAAUGGUCAAGCCUGCCGUCGAAGGGACAUUGAGAAUCUUGAACCUUUCUUUGAAAUAUCAUGUUAAGCGUGUUGUUGUUAUGUCAUCUUGUGCAGCUGUUAAAUACGAUGGACGUAAACCUGAUCCUGUAACUGGAGUUCCACCAUUAGCAAAUGAGAAAUGUUUCUCCACACCAAAGGAUGUUCCAAAUGCUUACUCUAAAUCAAAACUUAUGCAAGAGUUUGCCGUCUGGGAUUGGGUAAAAUCUGAAAAGAAUGUCAAUUCCAGUCAUCCAGUAGAAGUUUCUGUUAUUAACCCUCCUGCAAUUUAUGGUCCCAAUAUUCCUGGUAAGGUUUCCCUUACUGCCCAAGCUAUUAUUAAGAGCUUGGUUGAUGGAAAGAUGAAAUUUGGAGUACCUAGAAUUUAUUUCAGUGGAGUCGAUGUAAGAGAUGUUGCUUAUAUUACAUACAGAAGUAUGAUUGAACCAUUUGCUAAGAAUCAAAGAUACAUAGUAGACUCUAAUGAUGAAGAAGAUUAUCCUUUUAUUAAUCUUGCUACAGCUAUCAGAAAACACUAUGCAAUUCCAGCAAAUAAUAUCAACAAUAAGGUUAAAAUUUCAAACUUACCUACAAGAGUAUUGCCAUCAUGGCUCUUACGGACUUUGGCUCUUUUCGUACCUCUUUUAAAGCUUGUAGUUCCAUUAUUAGAUAAAAGAACUCAUACUACUAAUGCUAAGGCAGUCAAGGCCUUUAAUUGGACACCUAUUUCAUAUGUCGAAAGUGUGUUUGCCAGUAUCGACUCGUUACCAUAAUUCUCUAUAUAAUUCUCUAUAUAUAGUAUAUAGCCUCAAUACAGUCUUUAUUUUAUUUUUUUAA